GUGCCCUUCGUGCCCGCAAUCUCCGAUGAGGAAGUGAAAGCUGCGCAGACGGCCUGGGCAAGCGCCAUCAAGGCAAUCUCCAGGACCUACCUUGCUGGAGGUGACUAUGUCGGGGCGGCCGCCAAAGCUGCGGGUGAGCUGUAUGGAUAUGGGCACACGAAUGUGCUCUUCAAGCCUACCAAGGCUGCCACAAGCCAAUUCCGGCCAACAGCCUCAGACGCAAUGUCGUACUUCGUUGGACACAAGGCAGUGGCGAACGGUCACGCAGAGGACGCUGGCUUUGCCAUCAACGGUGGAAAAGGCUGGGCUGACGUGGCGUUCCACAACCACCAGAUCGACGUGACGGGCAACGUC